AGUUCAGGAAAAAAGAAGGUCCAUGGCAUGUGCUGCUUACAGUAUCAGGGGCCAUCUCAAGCUUGCCGCGGGGCAUGGCCCGUACGCCCUGGCCAAUAAUCACCUGUGCGGCGGCGGCUUGAAGCCUUCGGUAUCUUAUCCUAUUUCUCAGUCGUGGAGCACUAUCACUAGUAAUGCAUGGCGACAGGCCGCCAGCCGUUCUCACUUGACUGUCGGCAAUUCAGAAAGAUGGCGCUCAAGCUUGAAAGCUUCAGCGAAGGAUGGCACCGUCGUUGCUGAAGGGAAGAUAACUGUACUGGUCAUUGGUGGUGGAGGAAGGGAGCAUGCACUUUGUUUUGCUCUGAACCGUUCACCUUCUUGUGAGGCGGUUUUAUGCGCCCCUGGUAAUGUUGGUAUUGCUCAAUCUGGAGAUGCGGUCUGUAUAUCGGACUUAGACAUCUCCAGUAGUGAUGCUGUUAUAUCGUUCUGCCACAAGAGGGGAGUGGGAAUGGUGGUAGUUGGUCCUGAAGGUCCUCUUGUUGCGGGUCUUGCGAAUGACCUUGUCAAAGCUGGGAUACCAACCUUUGGUCCAUCAUCGGAGGCUGCAGCGUUAGAGGGAUCAAAGGACUUUAUGAAGAAGCUGUGUUAUAAGUAUAAUAUCCCGACUGCUCAGUAUCGCACAUUCACGGACCCCGCGGAAGCUAAACAAUACGUCCAAGAUCAAGGGGCCCCUAUUGUUGUUAAAGCUGAUGGAUUGGCUGCUGGAAAGGGUGUCGUCGUUGCAAUGACUUUGGAUGAGGCAUUAGAAGCAAUAGACUCUAUGCUGGUUGAAGAGUCAUUUGGUUCUGCUGGUUCACGGAUCAUCAUUGAGGAGUAUUUAGAGGGUGAAGAAGCAUCUUUCUUUGCAUUAGUAGAUGGUGAAUAUGCUUUGCCACUUGAAUCAGCACAGGAUCACAAAAGAGUUGGUGAUGGUGAUGUUGGCCCAAACACAGGUGGUAUGGGUGCAUACUCCCCUGCUCCAAUAGUGACGGAAGAGCUUAAGAGCAUGAUCAUGCAGAGUAUAAUAAUUCCAACUGUUAAAGGCAUGGCUGCUGAAGGAUGCAAGUUUGUUGGUGUAUUAUAUGCUGGGCUUAUGAUAGAGAAGAAAUCUGGGUUGCCUAAGCUUAUUGAAUAUAAUGUGCGGUUUGGGGAUCCUGAAUGCCAGGUUCUGAUGAUGAGAUUAGAAUCUGAUCUCGCCCAAGUUCUGCUAUCUGCAUGCAAAGGGGAACUGGGCAAGGUUUCGCUAACCUGGUCACCCGAAAUCGCAAUGGUGGUUGUGAUGGCAAGUGAAGGGUACCCUGGCUCUUAUAAGAAGGGAACUGUCAUAAAGAAUAUCGACAAGGCCGGGCAGGUUUCUCCAGCCGUUAAGAUAUUCCAUGCUGGAACAGCUUUGGAUGGAGAUGGCAACCUUGUAGCUGUCGGAGGCCGGGUUCUUGGUGUCACUGCAAAGGGCAAGGACAUUCAAGAAGCAAGGUCUAGAGCAUACAUUGCAGUUGAUGUUGUUGACUGGCCAGAAGGAUUCUUCAGGCGGGAUAUUGGUUGGAGGGCGUUGAAACAGGAGCAGACUGUUAACUACUGAUGAGGUUUCCAAAAAAAAUUGGUGAGCUUCUAGUGUUAAAGUGAAAUGAAGACAGAAUAGUCAAUAGUCUUGUGGUUGCGAAAUGACAAAAGCAAACAUUAGCGUGUUCAAGCUUGAGCAUCCUUUUGACCAUUGGCUUCUUCUCAACCAUUUGUGGCAGUUUUAUGUUUCUCAUUGCAAUAUGUCAAGUGCAAUUACCUCUUCUUUUCUGAGAGUGAAGUGCAAUUACCUAUUGAGGUGCAAUCAUACUAUCAACUUUUUUUUUUU